ACCCUCACACGCAUACUUCAGAAAAUCUUGAAGAACUCAGUCGUUAUCUAUCAGGACGACUUUUUUAAAUCUGAUGAUGAGAUUCCCAUCGAUCCGGAAACAAAUCUUUCCAACUGGGACUGUCCUGAUGCACUUGACUCAGAUGGUCUUGUUGCCUUAAUUCAACAUGCUCGUAAUCACCAGGGUCAAUUACCAAAAGAUUAUCACUCCAAUGAAGUUAGCAAUGUUCAUGAUGGUUCAAAUCAAGUUUCAUCAAAGACUUUUGAAUCCCUUGAGAACGCAUUGAAAGAAUUAAAUAGUCAGGACUGUUACUUUGUCCUUGUAGAUGGGUUUAUGCUUUACUGGGAUACCGCUUUGUGCGCUGAGCUUGAUGCACGCAUAUUUAUUACUGCAUCUUACGAUACACUCAAGUACCGCCGAGAGAAUCGCCAGGGAUAUAACACUGCAGAAGGAUAUUGGGCAGAUCCUCCAGGAUAUUUUGAUGCAAUUGUUUGGCCGCAGUUCGUACGAUGGAAUAAGCAUCUGUUUGUCGGAGAAGAUCACUCUGAAGUGGACCACAAAGUUGUGGAUAAUGUUUUAGUGAUUGAUACAGACAUAUAUUCAAUCGAAACCACUGCUAAAAUGGUAGUGAAUAAAUUAGGCAAAACGUUUGAAAGCUCUUCUAAAUAA